ACCACAACAAACGCUUUCUGGAUGCGCCAAAAUUCGAAGCUGCAGGCGAUCGCGCUCGGUGUCCUGUCUGCUUGCUCCCUUGCAGCAGGAUAUGAGGUGAAGUUCUCGGGCUCGGACUAUUCCCGCCAAGUAUGUUCGGGAAUGUGGGCUAGCCAGUCCACUUUCAUCAACGUCACGUUUGAUGAAAGCUCUUCACAAGGACAGGUAGCAAUGGUUAUUUAUGAAUGGAAAGAUGUUAAGUAUCUCGGUGUCCCCACAUCCAUGACGGAUGACUCCCUACCCCCGAUCUAUGUAUGCACAACAGAUGCGGUCAGACUCGGCCUCUGCGCAUAUGAGGAUGUCGGAAAAUUCAUAUUCUGGUCUGAUGACGGGACCACCGUAAACCAAACUACUUUCUGGACUGCCAGUGUUACCCUUAACCAGACCAGCGACUCAUCCUCUGAUUCAUCAGGGUUGCGGGACAGUCCUGGGGGUAGCCCUACUUCGCGACGGAGUUCACGAGACCUUCAGCACAGUCCUCGGCAAUCGAAUGACCCCCUAAACCCAAGCCCAUACGAGACCAUUGCAUAUACACAACCUAUACAGUAUCAAGUCCGCAAGAAAGGAUAUUAUUGCGUAGCUAUCGUGCCUGUCACGGUAUUGAAUCCUACUGCCCGCCAGGCACCUACAGAUGUCCCGUUUCAUCCCACAUACAACGGCGUCGUUCUUUUCCGGAACACUUUUGAUGGAAUGCUUCCUGCUACCGACUAUCCCAAAGUUAACUUUUACCUCGCCAUGUUCUUUGUGUAUGCCAUCGCAGGCUCUGUGUGGGCAUGGCUCUGCUACAAACAUGUUACGGAACUAUUGCCCAUUCAGUACUAUCUCUCGAGCUUGGUCGUGUUCCUUGUCAUCGAAAUGGUCGCAAAUUGGGUAUACUACCGAUACCUUAACGCACAUGGGAGGACCGCGGCGUCCGUCGUCUUCCUAUUUGUUGUUGCCAUCCUGGAUGCGGGACGCAAUGCUCUUUCCUUCUUCAUGCUUCUCGUUGUGUCGCUCGGGCUCAGCGUCGUCCGUGAAUCUCUGGGACGUACGAUGCUUAAGUGUCAGAUCCUUGCAGGGCUGCACUUUGUCUUCGGGGUACUCUAUGCCGUGGGUAUAGUUGAACUGGAACUCGAGUCGACGUCAGCGUUGAUACUCCUGAUGUUCAUCAUACCACUGGCAUUCACGCUGAGUGGGUUCCUCAUGUGGAUCCUAUACUCGUUAAAUGGUACGAUGACGCAGCUAACCGUGCGGAAACAAAGAUACAAACUCAGGAUGUUCAAACGCCUGUAUUAUAUCCUCCUUGCCACUGUGGCUAUUAUCGCCAUAUUUUUUGUUAUCUCUUCGGUGUCGUUCUCUGAUAGGCUAGCUGAAGAUUAUGCAGCAAAAUCAUGGAGAGUCCGCUGGUGGCUCCUCGAUGGCUACCUCGCUCUCCUCUACUUUUUCUCCUUCUGGAGCAUCGCGUACCUUUGGAGGCCAUCGGAAAAUAACCGCCGCCUCGCCAUGUCCGACGAAAUCGCACAAGAAGAUGAAGAUGCUGAGGAUUAUGACCUCGAGACGCUUCAACGACGUACGGUUGCCCGUGAAGAUGACGAAAUCACACUCGUCAACUCACGGCGAGAACCCGAAGCGCUCGCGGAGGAUCAUGUGGUGUUUGAGAUUGGCGACGAGGAUAUAGGAAGCGACGAUGAAGGUGAGACGGCCGCAAAGAAGCGGCAUGGUGGGGAGCGCAGGGCAUCCGGCGAUAAACAGGACGGUGCGGAUGAGGAGCGCCAGGGUCUUAUGUACAAGGACCGAGACGAAUAGACUAUCGCCCAGCUUAUUCGUGCAUGCCCUACUUUCUUUUUGGAACCCUGAAUUCUUUGUUUUGUACAUGGAGUUGGGCUAGACUUGGUCGAGGCUAGGGUUUGGUAAACGAACUGCUGGAUGGAGGAAAAUGACGUCUGUAAUCUAUUUAUGUAAAUAUUUUAACUUGUAAGUUUUGGCUCCAAAGCAACCGUCACACCUACGAUAAGCUCUGUUG